AUAGUUAUUGAUUGUUUUGUCAACUAUUGUCAUUAUUCGUAUAAAAUGACAUUAAUUUAAAGUAAAAUUGUGUGUGAGAGUGAAUAAGGUUAUUGUUGAUUUGUUGUUCGUUGAUAAACUCGUUUGGAAAUAUUACCUGUCGGUUACCGUAAGCUAAGGACUCACGCUAUAACAAACAACAUGUCACAAAAACGUCCAUCUGGUUCUGAAUUUCGUAAGAGAAAACGCGUUAGAGAGAUGGAAGCAAAAAAAAUGGAAAAUACCUUACGAAAGUGGACAGUCACACAACAAGAAAACAGUCAGGAAGAUGUGUCCAAUGAUGACGUUUUGGCCCUCACUGGUAUGUCUGGAACUAAAUCUGGAAACAAUUUAAAGAUAAUAUAUAAAGAAAAAGAAGACAACCCAGUCAACCCAUCCCAGCAAGACUUGACCUUACCCAUCACCACCAGUCCAAGUUCUGAAAUUCAAAUUGAAAAAGCAGCUGCUACUGAUAAGAUCCAGUUAGACAUAAACGAUCCUGUUUCAUGGUUACCAUUAACUGAUCACAUUCGUUGUUUCCUUGUCGAGAAAGGUCCUGAUCAAGGAAAAGUAAGUCAAAAUAUUUCUUCAACUGAAGACGCAGGACGAAAAUUUAAUAUACAUUGGUUUACAAAAAAAAUGAGCAAUGGCGAGAUGGUACCCAGGUCUUGGUUGAUUUACAGUAAAAAAAGAGAUGCAAUAUUUUGUUUCCCAUGUAUACUUUUCGGUUCUUCCUCGACUAAGCAAAUAAUGCCGGCCCUGGCUGAUGCACAAAAAGGAUUUAAUGAUUGGCGUCAUUUAAGUCCACGUAUUCCUGAGCACGAAAACUCUACAUUUCAUAGAGAAAAUUGUAUUAAGUGGAAAAUGCUUGAACAGAAAAUAAAACGUAAGACCACAAUAGAUGCAUCCUUACAAAAGGCUAUUGAUCAAGAAACAAAUAAGUGGAGACAUAUUUUAAAAGUGUGUACCAACAUACUUUUGUUUUGCGCGGAAAAUAAUUUACCGCUCAGAGGCUCUCAUGAGCGUAUUGGAGAAUCAGGAUCUGGAGUUUUCUUAAGUGCCGUCGAUAUGAUUUCAAAAUUCGACCCUGAACUUAGAGCGCAUAUUGAAUCGCUUCAUAAAGGAAAUAUUUCAUAUUUUACGCCUUAUAUUCAAAACGAGCUUAUAGAUAUUCUUGCCUCUGAGGUCAAAAAACAAAUUUUAGACGAUGUUCGUGCGGCAAAAUACUUUUCCAUACUUUUUGAUUGUACGCCAGACGUAUCGCAUAAAGAACAGAUGUCACAAAUAUUGAGAUUCGUAAAAGUAUCCGAGCAGAAAGUUACAAUCGAAGAACGGUUCAUAGAUUUCAUCCAGUCUCAUGAAAAAACGGGCGAGGGAUUGUCGAAAGAGAUUUUAGAGAAAUUAGAAGUUGAUGGAUUGAAUAUUCAAGAUCUUCGUGGCCAAGGCUACGACAAUGGUAGUAAUAUGGCCGGUAAAUAUAACGGAGUCCAAGCCAAAAUAAAACAAAUUAAUGAAAAUGCUGAUUAUGUGCCGUGUGCAGCGCAUUCUUUGAAUUUAUCUGGCGUACACGCUGCUAGUGUCACACCUGACAUGAUCACAUUUUUGGAUUAA